AUGCAAAAAAUGGAAAAUCCAAAGGCUUCACCAGCAAAUCAGCCUGAGCCAAGGGACACUUACAAAGUUGCUUAUAUAAUCCAUUUCUUGCUUGGUGCAGGCAAUUUACUUCCAUGGAAUGCUUUUAUCACAGCUGUUGAUUACUUCGGUUAUCUCUACCCAGCCAAGCAUGUUGAAAAGGUUUUCUCUGUAGGUUAUAUGAGCUCUUCUGUGCUAGUUUUAGUUGUUAUGAUGAGUUCUGGUUGCAGCAGCAGAAAGUUGACUCAUAGAUUUAGAAUGAACAUGGGAUUUUCCAUGUUUAUUCUCUCUCUAAUGGUUGCUCCAACUAUAGACUGGGCGUGGCAUAGCAGUUGGUCGAAAGAAAGACAGAAUGCAGCCUAUUUUAUGACAGUUGCAGCAGUUGUAAUAUGUGGUUUAGCAGAUGGCUUGAUAGCAGGAAGCUUGAUAGGAUCAGCUGGAAAGCUUCCAAAACAGUACAUGCAGGCUAUUUUUGCUGGAACUGCUUCUUCAGGUUUGCUGGUUUCCAUCCUGAGACUAAUAACCAAGUCUUCACUUUCACAAACCCCACAGGGCCUCCGAGCAAGUGCUCACUUCUACUUUAUAGUCAGCACCACCAUCCUGCUUUGCUGCAUUCUUUGCUGCAAUUUGCUAUACAAAUUACCAGUUAUGCAACAGCAUUACAGACUUCUUCGAGAUGACCCAUUUUGCUCCAGGCCACAAUUUUGGACAGUGGCAAGAAAGGUCUGCUGGCCAGCUCUUGGAAUUCUCAUGAUAUACAUAGUGACCCUAUCUAUUUUCCCCGGAUUUAUAGCCGAGAAUCUGGAAUCCAAACUUCUUCAGGACUGGUAUCCUGUUUUGCUGAUCACAGUGUAUAAUGUCGCAGAUUUCAUGGGAAAGUCUCUGACUGCAAUAUAUGUUCUACAGAGCAUUAAGAAAGCAACAUGGGCUUGCAUAUCUAGGCUUUUAUUCUAUCCACUUUUCACUGCUUGCCUCCAUGGACCAAAGUGGCUCAAGGGUGAAGUACCAGUAGUGAUUCUUACGUUUAUGCUCGGUCUGACAAAUGGAUACCUAACAAGCGUGUUGAUGAUCCUAGGCCCCAAGAUCGUACCAGUUUCAGAAGCAGAAUUAUCUGCAAUUGUAUUGGUCGUGUUCCUGGGAAUUGGAUUGGUCAGUGGUUCAGUUCUUGGUUGGUUUUGGAUCAUUUGAUCCUUCCUGAGCUCCCUAGUCUCCCAAGUCAUGUAGCCAGUUUUCCUUGGAAAAAGAAAAGGUUACUUCUGCACUUCUGCACGUCGGCUGUGUGCUGUUUUGGGCAAACCAGGAGUCAACUCUUCAUGUACUCCGAAUAAUGAUAUAAUCUGAAAGUUCUCUUCAUCGUCUGAAAACGCCAAAAAAAAAAACUCAAUGAUUGUUAUUAGCAUCAAGAUUGCUUAGCAAAAUCUAUUAACAGCUUGGUGUUUAUUUUCUUUAGAUAUACCAUAUAUGAGUGAUUUAAUCUCUUUCUCACCUUGUUGGCCCCACUUUUUUUGUGUACAGGAAAGAAACAACUCUAGAGUUGGAUUGAGCCCAACCAUGAUUAAUGAAGCAAAAACGGAUAAUGUAAUAAGAAUUGAAUAUUCUCUCCUCAAACUUGAUUGCCGGCCAAAAGCAACAAAUAAUAAGAAAACUUCAAAAAAAAAAAAAACGUUAGGGGAAAAAAUAGUAGCUUUUAUCUUGUAAUCUUGAUCAACUAGGAAUCAAUUUCGGUGGUACAGGAACUAAGCAAUCUUGAUAAGAUCAACAACUAGGAAUCAAUUCCUUCAGAAGCCUCCAUGCUUAUUGUAAUGAACAGCACAAAAAAUGCGUAUUAAUUGAUUUAAAAAAAAAAAAAAACAAAUAUCUUCUUUAACAACAUCAUCUCUAACCCGAAAUUUUUCACUAAACAAAUCAUUAGAUGGGUUAAAAAGAGAGAGAGACGAAGAUUCCAAUGAAAAAUUCAUUUCCAUAUCUUAUUUUCCCUUUUACCAGAUAGGGCUCCAACGUAGAGAAAAGUAAAACAGAGGUCUCACUAACUACAAAUCUCACUCUUUUCUACAAGGCCAAAAAAAAAAAA